AUGAAACUCUCCCAAAACUUACUUCUUCUCUGGGCCCUCCCUGCUUCAUUCAUUCCUUCUACAAAUGGCCUCCCGCUCUCACAUCUCUCUCCAACCCCAGUCAGAGUCGGAGGUAAAAUUAAUCCCUCUAUCCAAGUUUCUCUGCUCCCAUCCCCCGCUACCCCAUACCUUCCACCUAUAGCAACAACUGAUGAUAAUACAUACAUUGACUUUAAACCCUUCCAAGCACUAGUACCAAGAACUCCUCAACCAGCUGUCGUCAUCAAUGCAGGUGGCUCUGCAAGUGCUUCUAACUCAGGUGGUUCCUCUUCCUCUUCAGCAAAAUCAAACUCACUAGGUGGUUCCAGCUCUGGCUCUUCUGGAAGUGCUGCUGCUGCUGCCGCUGGCAAUGGAGAUUCUUCUUCUUCCUCAACUACUGGAAACUCUCUUCAAGGUGCUCUUGUUGCAAUAGUAGCCGCUCCUGAAAGUCCCGGUACUCCCUCCAAUUCCGUAUCUGUUUCAAGUUCCGGCUCUGACUCUGGCUCUGGUUCUGGCUCUGGUUCUGGCUCUGGUUCUGGCUCUGGUUCUGGCUCUGGUUCUGGCUCUGGUUCUGGAGGAUCUGCAAACGCAGCUGUCGUAGCAGUAGGCUCCGGUGAUCAAGUAACUGCAGUCGCCGCAGCUCCAGGAACAACAACUACCGCUGUUGGUACAGGCGGCGUUGGAGCAGCAGUCGCUGCUGGUGCUGGUGCCGGCGCCGGCGCCGGCGCCGGUGCCACUGAAGUUCUUGCCGCAGUAGCCACUGCAGGUUCCAGUGGUGCUGCUACCAGUGUCACAGUUGUAGGGCCUAGUGGAGGUUCUGCUGCUGCUGCCGCAGUUGCCCAAGGCCAAAACGCUCAGGUACUUGCUGUUGCUGCAGACAAAGGAACAACCACAGGUGUAGCCACUACCUCAACAAUUUCAAAAACAAGCACAUCAUCUUCUUCAAGCAAACAAUCCUCAGAAGAUACAUUGGCUCUUAGCACAGCCGUGUCUUCACUAAUCUCCAUCUACGUUCCAUCAACGUCAACAACGCCAUCCGUAACUGGCAUCUCAGGAAUCUCGACACCCUCUGUGACCUCUUCUUCCAGAUCACAAUUAUUAUCGUCGUCUUCGUCUUCGUCUUCGGUAGCCUCACCUCUCUAUUCUAUCUCAUCUGUAACAUCAUCACCAUCUAUUACUUCUUCAUUAGAGCAGUCUUCUUCUUCCUUCUCAUCUGCUUCACCUUCUACUCAGUCCUCUGUUGUGACUUCGAUGAUCUCUGACACAAGUUCCUCCAUAGUGGCUCCUGUUAGAUCUUCUACACAAACUACAACUUUCCAAAAUUCAAUUAAAUCAUCUUCCUCUUCAUCUUCCUCUUCCUCUUCCUCUUCUCUUCUUUUAUCUUCAAUUCCAGCAGUUUUAACUCCUUUUUCAUCAUCUUCUGCAUUUACCACAACCACUAAACCCCAGGCAACUUCAAGCUCACCAAGUCCCACAUCUCAAAGACUCUCUUCUUCUUUUGCAUCUCAGGUACCAAAAACUACCCAAACAACUAGGACUGCAUUGCCAAUCCCAGGAGUUGUCACAAUCUUUUCAAAAACAACCCUCACUCGAAAUGUGACUUCAACAAGAAGAACAACUUUACCCCAAUCUACCGUGACAGUCAUUCCCUCACAAUACUCUUCAGCCCUGGUUUCUACAAUCCCAUAUACCUUUACAUCUUCUCGUGGACCUACCGCAUCACCACUCUCUUCUUCAAACCCCUCUUCUUCUUCUUCUUUUUCUUCUUCAAAAGUCUCCUCAUCAAUUGUCCCCUCUAAAACUUCCUCUCUCUUUUCUUCACUUUCUGCCAUCUCAAGAUCUGCAACAGACACCGUUGCAACUGCAUCUUUAGACACUGCAACAACUGCCUCUGCAGCCAGCACUUUGUCUCGCGGGUCUACGGCCAGCCAGCAAUCCGCAGCGGUAGCUGCUGCUGCAGGAGGAGGAGCAUCAAACAGCGGCUCAUCUUCUUCGUCCUCAUCGGGCGCAGCACAGGGUCUUAUCCAGGGAUUCGUAUCAGCCUCAGGGUCGGGGUCUGGCUCCAGCGGGUCUGGAACAAACUCUGGAACCAAAAACAAUUCUGCUGGAGGGACUGCUAGUGUGUCAUCGUCGUUCUUGUCCUUGUCUUCAGUCUCUUCUGCAACACACACUGCAACUAGGACCCCAAGUGUCUCAGUCACGACCACGUCGCCUAGUGUGAGUACUCUCACCUCUUCUUCUUCUUCUUCUUUGGCCACAAAGACUACGCUAGCCACACGUGCUGCUAGCUCUGUGCUGUCUCCAUACCCUGAUUCUGGGUGCGCAAUUCCGUGUGAAAACAAUAUCAAUGAGCUACUUGUGAAUCAAGGGUGCUCAAACUCUACUCAAGACGUGUUGACCAUCUGCUUGUGUAAAAGUCAGAACUUGUGGCCGCAGUAUAAGACGUGCAUUGCGGAGCAGUGCAACAAUAAUAUGGCUAGCGAUAUGAUUGGUAUGCUUGAGGGGACUUGUAAGCGGUCCGGAUAUUAA